AUGUCAAACGAUAGUGCGGAGGGGUUUUCUCCGACUCCGAAUUCUGAAUCCCUACCAGCUGAAGUUACACCAACUCCAGAUGUAUCAAGCAGGAAUCAGCUAGCAUUGCUACAGCAGAUUUACCAGCAAAAGCAGUUGGAAUUACUAACAGAAUUCCAAAGAGCGCGAGCGUCUUUGAAUGUACAGAUGCAACAGAUCGAUUGUUUACAAUUACUACAGCAGAUUCAGCAGCAGCAGCAGCAGCAGACUACUUCACAAGCUGUUAAUCCCGUAGCGAAUGCUGCAGUUAAUGUACCUGAAAAUGUUGUGGAAACUGAUUCACAACAGAUGUCACCGUCACCACGAGGGGAUAGUCACACUGGCCGAGCUAGAAGGUCGCUACAUAGGUCCCUUUCUGGUUCUGGACAGACAAUAUCUCAGACAACAAGGGAUCGGUUAAAAAGUAUGAUUGCUUUAAAAAAGAAUCGUAAUCGAAGUGAAAACAGUGGGGGAACUUCAUCGCAGACCAAUAUUUCAUCAAACUGGAUGCAAAAUACGGUGCCAUCAUCGUCUUCAGAUAUGGAGUCAGUAAGAAGCGUCCCAGAGUGUAGCAAUUUAACAGUGAUGACAACAUGCCGAUUUUUAGCCACCUGGGCCGGUGCCGAAAAUUCAUCAUUGAAGCAGUCUGUGCCUGGUAGUUCAGCUUUAACUACUUCUGUCCCUGCCAUAACUGUUGCAGUUUCUUCCCCUCAUUAUGAGCCUUAUCCACUUCCAACAACAGUUCAUGCCAAUCGUGGAGCUUUACCACCUGAGCAUCAGCUGCGCAAAGUUAAUAGUGAGCCAAAUUUAAAGAUGCGUAUUCGCGCAAAAUUACUCAGCAAAGGUUCUAGUCCUGUCCAGAUUCAUCAAAACAGCGCAUUCAGCUAUCCUCAGCCUUCUUUAGAGAGAAGUGAAAGUGACGUACCAAUGGAUACUGGUGUAAGUCCGGGGUCUUCUAUAGACCAAACACCUUUAACUGCUGCACACGUAUUACAGUCGCCUUCGCUUCCAAAUCUUAUUGGGAAUCAGUUACAGUUGGAAAUGAGUGCUCUUCUCGCUCAGGCGCAACUUUCGCCAUUUUUUUCAAUGCCAUCUCUUUAUAAGAACAAUUUUGUUGCCCCUGGCUGCUCUGGAUGGAGUUCAGGCUCCAGCGAUUCUGUUGGACUCCUAUUAGAAGGUUGUUCUCACGUUUCUGGAAAACUCGAUCCGCGAGGAUUAGGCUCCACUUUACCAUUUGUUGGUUAUCAGUCAUUAUUGAAGCAGCAGAUUCGUGAUUUGGUUCUCAGAAGAAAGUCGUUGGUAAGGGAGGAGCCAGAAGAUGAAGCUAUGCUAGAGGCUCAGCUAUUGUCAAAACUAACAAAUGGAGGUAUUCCUACCGUUUCGAGUAAAGUCAUAAAUCCAUCAUCCACAAAAACAGGUCUUGUUUAUGAUUCUAUAAUGGCGAAACAUCAGUGUAAUUGUGGUGAUAACAAGCGCCAUGUUGAACAUGGCGGAAGGGUGCAUUCAAUAUGGGCUCGUCUUCAAGAGCGAGGUCUUGUCGACCGUUGUGAACGCGUAGUCGUUCGCAAGGCUUCAUUAGAAAUGUUGAGAACUAUGCACUCUAGUAGUUAUGUCACCUUUUUUGCUUUUUCACCAACUGCGUUCAUGAAGACAGAUAAUUCUCAAAUACCGGUGAAAAGCUUUGUGCAGUUGCCUUGUGGAGGGCUUGGUGUUGAUACGGACACGUAUUAUAACGACAUUACCACUCCGUCAGCAAUCAAAAUUGCAGUUGGUUCACUCGUAGAAUUGGCGUCGCAAGUCGCUGAGGGGAAAUUACGUAAUGGCUUUGCUUGCAUUCGACCUCCUGGUCAUCACGCAGAGUAUGAUCAGGCAAUGGGAUUUUGUUUCUUCAAUAAUGUAGCAAUUGCCGUCAAACAUCUGCAGCAGCGGUACCGUCAGCAGUGUUCACGCAUUGCCAUCAUUGACUGGGACGUUCAUCAUGGGAAUGGCACACAGUCUCUGUUUGAUUCGGAUCCAACUGUUCUAUAUCUUUCGCUUCAUCGGCAUGAUAAUGGAAAUUUCUUCCCUGGCACGGGUGCUGUUACGGAGAUAGGCUCCGGAGAAGGUAAAGGGUUUACAGUGAAUAUUCCUUUUUCUGGUGAGCCAAUGUCAGAUCCGGAUUACUUGGCUGCAUGGCGCGUAGUUGUUAUGCCAGUUCUGGACUGUUUUCAGCCAGAUUUCAUCAUGGUGUCUGCUGGUUUUGAUGCUGCUAGAGGCCAUUCUUCGGCAUUAGGAGGUUAUAAUCUGUCCCCUCAAAUAUUCGGUUUUUUCACUCGUCAGUUAAUGAAUUACGCCGGUGGACGUAUUGUGCUUGCUCUUGAGGGAGGAUAUGAUUUAGCUGCAAUUUCUGAUUCAGCUGAAGAAUGUGUGAAGGUUCUGUGCGGUGACUCGUUUGAAGCCGGAAAGCUGAGUCUGGAAGCAUUGAAUGGUAUACCAAAACUUAGUGCUCAAGAAGCUAUCCAGAAGGCAGUUGCAAUACAUAAGAAACACUGGCCUCUUUUGAACGGUGUUCAAGGUAUUGGAAUUAGUGAGUUACAUUGGCAAACUAUCUCACAAAGGUUCCCAACACUUUCUGUGUAG